GUGGGUUCUUCACUUAUCACUUUACCACAGUUUAUUUUUUUUGUCCUUCAUAAAGUUUGAAUCUUUAUGUUGUUUGUGUAUUGAAAGAUGUGUUCUUUUUAUGCUUUUUGAACUUCUCUAUGAUGGGUCUUCAGUAUUUGACCAUGUUGCUUUUGUCAUAGUACUGUUUUUGCAGCAAAGAUUUGAAGGAAAGAGGAAGAAGAAAAUUUGAGCUCUUGGAGUUUAUGUUACUGAUGAUUGGUCAAAGGAUGAGUGGAAUAUUUACGAGGAUUUUGUUGGUAUUUGCAAUUAUUGCUGUUCAAAAUUGCCAGGGGUUUACUGAUCCUCGGGAUGUAUUUGCCAUAAAUAGUUUAUAUACUAGUCUGGGCUACCCUUUGCUUCCUGGAUGGGUUCCAUAUGGAUUAGACCCUUGUGGUGAUAAGUGGCAUGGUGUACUUUGUGUCAACUCCAAUGUUACUGGAAUAGUACUAAAUGAUUCAAAUUUGGGAGGUGAAUUAAGUGAAGGCAUAGGAAGCUUUGCUUCAAUCAUACAAUUAGAUCUCAGCAACAACCAUAUUGGAGGCAGUAUACCAUCCAAUUUGCCCGUUACCCUCAAAACCUUGUUUCUCUCCGGUAACCAGCUUACCGGGAGCAUUCCAGGCACUAUAUCCUCGUUAGGGCAAUUAUCAGACUUGUCGUUGAACAACAAUCACCUUAAUGGAGUCAUUCCAGAUGCCUUUUUGCAGCUUAAGACUUUGAUUAAUAUGGACUUAUCUGGGAACAGUUUAAGUGGUCUGCUGCCUCCUUCAAUGGGAAGUUUGUCGUCACUUACUACCUUACACUUGCAGAAUAAUAAGCUUUCUGGGAUCCUUGACGUUUUGCAAGAUCUUGCUCUAACGGAUUUAAACAUAGAGAAUAAUUUGUUCUCUGGGCCUAUACCAGCAAAAUUGUUGAGUAUCCCGGCCUUCAGACGUGCAGGGAACCCGUUUAACACUACUAUCAUCCCUUCACCGCCCGCGAUAUCGCCUUCUCCAGCACCAUUUGCUGUGCUUUCUCCAGAUUUAGCCCCAUCACUUCCAUCUACUGUACCAUCAGGAGAAGGAUUACAACACUCUGGAAGGCAAGAGAGUAGUAAUUCAAGCAAACAUGUCAAAUUGAUUGCUAUAGCCGGAUUAGUAUCCCUUGUCAUACUUGGAUUGGCUGUUUGCCUUUUGAUGUCACGAUUCUUCAAAAGAAGAAGAGAGGCCCAAAAAGAAGCCAAGAGACAUGACACAUAUGCAUAUAGUUUGCCCAAGGGUAACCCUAAACAUGAUCAAUCUGUGCAGAAACCUUAUUAUGAUGCAGAAAAAGAAGCAGGUUUGAGGCCAGUGGCUGGAAAUGGGAAAGCUCAGGGUAGGAACUUCUCAAUGAAUACUUCAGAGGCUAUGCAACAGAAAGAUAUGAAUAGCACAAUAUCAAAUACAGACGAUGAUCUGGAUUCAGAGAUGGAGUCAAUGAUAUCGGAUAUUCUUCCACCACCGCCACCACCUUUUCUUCAAGCUCCUUCUGCUACCUCAGUCACACAUGCUAAGAAGAAUGUAAACUCUGCAGAGUUAUUCACCAUUGCCUCCCUUCAGCUGUAUACAGAUAGCUUUUCUGAAGAUAAUCUUAUCGGAGGAGGCAUCCUUGGAACAGUCUACAGAGCUGAGUCUCCCAAAAGCUUAUUGGCAGUCAAGAAACUCGAUACUGCUACAACCAGGCAUCAAAGUGAUCACCAAUUUGUUGAAAUGGUGUCCAAUAUCUCUAGACUUCAGCAUGAAAACAUUGUCAAACUUGUGGGUUACUGUUCAGAGUAUGGGCAACGGGUACUAGUCUACGAGUAUUGUAGAAAUGGUACUCUCCACGAAGCAUUGCACUUAGAUGAUGAGAUCCACAGAAAACUUUCCUGGAGUACUCGUGUACGCAUUGUACUUCAAGCAGCAAGAGCACUAGAGUACUUGCACGAAGUUUGUGACCCACCUAUUGUCCACCUGAACUUCAAGUCCGCUAAUGUUCUCCUCGAUGAUGAACUUGCUGUGCGUAUGUCAGAUUGUGGUUUGGCACCUCUGAUGUCAGCUGAUUCCAUAAGACAGUUGCAAGGAUGCGGCUAUGGUGCUCCUGAACUUGAAUUGGGAAGCUAUACUUGUCAUAGUGAUGUUUAUAGCUUUGGAGUUGUUAUGCUGGAACUUCUUACGGGAAGAAAAUCUUACGACAGGUCGCGCCCUAGAGGGGAGCAGAUGCUGGUUCGAUGGGCUAUUCCACGGCUACAUGAUAUAGAUGCAUUAUCGAGAAUGGUUGAUCCAUCCCUAAAUGGUUGUUAUCCAUCCAAGUCUUUGUCUCGGUUUGCUGACAUAAUUUCCUUGUGUAUUCAGUCGGAACCUGAAUUCAGGCCACCAAUGUCCGAAAUCGUGCAGAAUCUCCUGCAUAUGAUCUAAAAAUAUCAACUUGCACCAAAAAAAAGGAUAUCAUCAACUGCUCUAGUAGAGAAAACUUGCAAUGCUGUAUUGGGCUAGUAUCUUUUAGCAUAGAGGGACCUCAAGUAAUUCCCAAAGGAGAAGAAAUCAUUACACAGCAUUUCAUUGUCCAAAUAUUGUGUGCUAACAUCAGUUAAGUGAUGUAAAUAUAACAUUAUUGUGUAGUUGUUAAGUUUGCUUGAUGUGUGAUUCUUUUUGACAUAUCGAUGAGAAAGAAGAAAAAUUUGGUCAUUCUUUUAACCUAGCCUUGGUAUAAUCUUGGAGUUUGUAAUAAAAAAUAUUGGUUUGUAGUUCUUAGAUUGUGAUAUGUAAUAUAUUUCCUGCCAAUUCUUUACUUAAUAUAUGCAAAUUUUGUAACCAUUCUAA